AUGGUGACCCCUUGGGCCCUGUUAGGGGCGGCGGCACUCUUUGGGGUCUCCCAGGGUCUGCGGUGCCCUCAAAGGCCCUUUCAUGAGCGGUGGGGCGCCCUGUGUCCCUUCCAGGGGCUGCGGUGCCUCCAGGCGUUCUCUCAGGGGAGGAGGCCCUGCCUGGGACAGCGAUGCUCCCAGGGGCACUGGAGGUCCUCCAUGAAGCGUUUGCCACCCCAAGGGCCCUCCCAGGGGCGGAAGCGCCCCCCCGGGGCCAUCCGAGAGGCGGCGGCGCCGCCAGGUGACCUUCCAGGGACGGUGGCACCUCCCGGGGCCCUCUCAGCAUCAAUGGAGCCCCGAAGGGGAGGCGGCGCAACUAAGGGACCUCAGAGGGGCCAUGGCUUCCCUAGGGUCCCUUCAAGGGUCGGUGGCGCCCACAGGACCCUCCCAAAUUCAGAGCUCUCCCGAGAAGACCUCACAGGGGCAGUGGCGCUUCCAGGGGCCCUUAUAAGGGCUGUGGUGCCACUAGGGGCCCUCUUAGUUGUGGCGGCGAUCUGUAGGGCCCUCCCAGGGCCGACAGCGCCCAGAGGGGCAUUCCUUAGGGUUGGCAGUGCCCCCAAGGAACUACCAGGGGUUGCAAUACCCUUAGGGCCCUUCCCUAGGGCGGUGGCACCUCCAAAAGUCCCUUCCAAGAGUUGUAGGGCUCCAGGGGCCCUCACAGAGGCGACUGCUCUCCCGGGGGCUCUCUCAGGGGCGACGACGCUCCCAAAGACCCUCUCAGUCACGGUGGCGCCGCCAGGGGCCCUCCCAGGGACAUCAGAGCCUCCAGGGACUCUCCUAGGAGCCCUGCCAAGGGGCGGUGGUUCCCUCUCAGGCAGUCCCUAG